CCCAGUUGGCUCAACGAUCCAUCACAGGACCGGGAUGGUUAUGAGGAAAGACAGGAUGCCUGUGUUUGAUGAUUGGAUGGUACCGUGGGUCACACUCUGCCUCGGACUAUUUGCUGCAACAGCUGCCACAGUUCAAGUUAACAUGAUGCCAGUAAUAACAGAAGUGAAAGCACUUCAUGACAACCAGUUCUGCAGCGCUUGGGGGAAUUUCCAUUUGAAGGCUUUUAGUGGAGAGUUCUUCCAGCUUCCAUCCACUUGCAACUACAUCUUCACAUCCCAGUGCAAAGCCAGCUACGAGAGCUUUAAUAUCCAGCUCCAGCGCCAGGAGGUGAAUGGGGUGACCUCCGUCAGGAAGAUUACAAUGAAGCUGGACGGGGCCACGGUGGAAGUGACAAACGCUUCGAUCAAAGUCGAGGGUCAGCUUGUUUCCAUACCAUUCAGCGAUGCAGGCAUUUUAAUUGAGGAGACCGAAUCUUAUGUUAAAAUUCAGGCAAAGCUGGGUCUGGUUCUCACGUGGAAUCAAGAGGACUCCUUGUGGGUGGAGCUGGAUGCCAAGUUCAAGAAUCAAACUUGUGGCCUUUGCGGGGAUUUUGGUGGAGUCCAAAGUGAUGAUUCCUUAAGUCCUGAAUUUACCGCUGGGGAAUGGAGGGUUUCUGUGCCCACUGAAGGUGAUGAAAGUUGUGACGACAUCCUCUCUCAAGACACAGACUCUUGUGGAAAUGAAACAGAUGUCUGUGAGAACCUGCUGAACAGACCUGCGUUCUCCAGCUGCCUAGACCUGAUCGACACCGACUCCUUCAUUAGAGCCUGCAAGAAGGACCUUUGCUCUUGCAGCACCAGCAGCACGUCGUGCUUGUGCUCCACCAUGUCAGAGUACUCCCGGCAGUGCGCCCAUGCGGGCGGGAGUCCGCAUGAGUGGAAGACCGCAGAGCUGUGCCCAAAAACGUGCCCUUUCAACAUGCAGUACAUGGAAUGUGGCAGUGCCUGCGCCGACACCUGCAGCAACCUAAAGAGGAGCCAGAUGUGUGACGAGCAUUGCGUGGAUGGAUGCUUCUGCCCACCUGGGACGGUUUUGGAUGACGUCUCAAAAAGUGGGUGCGUCACUGUGGACCAGUGCUCCUGCUCUCACAGCGGUCGGCCGUACAUGCCUGGAGAAUCGUACUCCAGGGCAUGUGAACAAUGCACGUGCACCAAGGGUGACUGGAGCUGUGACGAGAGGGACUGUCCAGGUGUCUGCUCCAUCCUGGGUGGCUCUCAUAUCUCCACCUACGAUGAUAAAAUCUACACUUUCCAUGGAGACUGUUCCUAUGUUCUCUCCAAGGAAACAAAUGGGACAUUCAGCAUCCUUGGUGAUUUGGUCAAAUGUCAAACAUCCGACAAAUCAACAUGCCUAACGGCGGUCACUCUACUAAUGCACAACAAUAGGAUUGAGGUGAAGGCAAACGGACAGGUCCUCUACAACAAGCUCAUCUCGCAGGUUCCUCUGUUCAUGGACGACGUCACAGUCUUCAGCCCAUCCACAUUCUUCACCAUAAUCCACACCACCUUCGGACUGGACGUGGAGAUUCAGCUCGUCCCUCUGAUGCAGGUCUACAUCAAGGCCAGCGUUGCCACGAAAGGAAGACUCAGCGGUCUUUGUGGAGAUUUCAACGAUGUCGAAGCUGAUGACUUCAGAACUACAAAUGGACUGAUUGAAGGCACAGCUGUGACGUUUGCCAACACCUGGAAGACCAAGGUCACCUGUCCCAAUGUGAAGUGUGUACUUGGAGAUCCCUGCACUUUAAACAUUGAUAAGGAAAAAUUUGCCAAAGAAUGGUGCUCAGUCCUGUCAGACCCCAGCGGGAUUUUCUCACCUUGCCAUUCUGAAAUAAACCCAGAAGACUACACAGCAGCGUGCAUUUACGACACCUGCGCCUGUGAACAUAGUGAGAACUGCAUGUGUGCAGCCAUGUCCUCAUACGUCCACGCGUGUGCCGCCGAAGGGGUCUCCCUGAACGGAUGGAGGAAAGACAUGCCGUGCCACAAAUUCACAAAUGGCUGCCCGUCUAACUUUGUGUACGACUACCAGAUGACAAACUGCGGUCGCACCUGCCGCUCCCUCACGCAGUCGGACUCAACGUGCGGCGUGGGCUUCACCCCCAUCGAUGGCUGCGGCUGUGCUGCAGGAACGUAUCUCAACGAGAAAGGAGAGUGUGUGCCGGCCUUGCAGUGCUCGUGUCAUGUUGGAGAUGAAGUGCUACGAAGUGGGCAGGUCAUCACACUCCACGGACGGAGAUGCUCCUGCCACAGUGGAAAGUUAAGCUGCACAGGACACGACCGCAGUGAAAUUUGCAUUAGUCCCAUGGUUUUCUUCAACUGCUCAUCUGCAAAGCCUGGUGACAAGGGAGCCGAGUGCCAAAACAGCUGCCAAACGCUGGACACAGACUGUGUGAGCACACAGUGCAUCUCAGGCUGUCUAUGUCCAGAUGGACUGCUGUCAGACGGUAAAGGAGGUUGUGUGAAAGAGGAACAGUGUCCCUGUCCAUACAACGGAGAGUCCUACAAUCCGGGACAAACUAUAACCGUUAAUUGCAACACAUGUACCUGCAAAAACAGAAAGUGGGAAUGCACAAAUAAUGACUGUGGUGGGUCGUGUACCACGUAUGGAAAGGGGCAUUACAUCACUUUUGAUGAAAAGAGAUUCGUCUUUAAUGGGGACUGUGGCCACGUCCUCAGCCAGGAUUACUGCGGGGAUGAAGUCAACGGCACCUUCAGGGUCCUGACUGAGAGCAUCACUUGUGGUGCAACCGAAACCAUCUGCUCCACCGCUAUCAAGCUCUACUUGGGGAACAAUGAAAUUGUUCUGUCAGAGGAAAAUGUCAAAGUCAUUAAGCAAAAAACAGGAGAGGACAUCCCCUUUCAAGUCCACACUAUGGGUUUAUAUCUCGUCAUUGAGGCGAGGAAUGGUCUUGUCCUCAUUUGGGACAAGAAGACGACCCUCAUGAUCAAACUCAGCUCCGCCUUCCAGGGCAAGGUCUGUGGUCUGUGUGGGAAUUAUGAUGGAAAUAUCAGGAAUGACUUUACUACCAGAAACAAAGAACCUGUGGUGGAGGCUCUUGAAUUUGGAAACAGCUGGAAAGAGUCACCUACUUGUCCAAAUGCAAACGCUACAGAAAGCGCCUGCAGUAUGUACUCGCACAGGAAGGCUUGGGCAAUGAAACACUGCAGCAUCAUCAUAAGUGACGUGUUUGCUGCCUGCCACUCAAAGGUGGAUCCCCAAAACUAUUACGAUAACUGCGUGAGAGACACGUGCGCUUGCAACACUGGAGGAGAUUGUGAGUGCUUCUGCUCGGCUGUCGCGGCCUAUGCAUCCGCCUGUAAUAACGCUGGCGCCUGUGUGAGGUGGAGAACUCCCACCAUCUGUCCUCUAUUCUGCGACUAUUACAAUCCUGAUGGAGAGUGUGAGUGGCAUUAUGCACCAUGUGGAAGAUCGUGCAUGAAGACAUGUAGGAAUCCCUCAGGAAAAUGCUACAAUCACCUUCCAGCAUUAGAAGGCUGCUACCCUACUUGCCCACCUGAACGAUCCUAUUUGGAAGAAGUUACCAUGAAGUGUGUGCCAGAGGAGGACUGUGGCUGCUAUGAUGAUGAAGGGAACCAUUACAAAGAAGGGGAACCCAUAGAAGCAAAGCAAAACUGUCACAGCUGUUAUUGUUCUUCAACAAAUAUAAAGUGCACCUAUGACAUCACUGCUUGCACCUGUAUCCAUAAUGGUCAUCGUUACAAGUAUGGAGAGAAUGUCUACGACACGCAUGAUGGAGAUGGAACCUGCUUCACUGCGAUUUGUGGAGUGAACGGAACCAUUAUCAGAAUCAUGGAGCCUUGCACCACAACCAGUCUGCCAACAACAACAACGGUCUUUACUUUCACCACCACUGUAACAACAUCGCCAACGACUCACACUGUUACAACUGAGGCUGUGACAACAAUUUUGACUUUCACAACAAAAUUAACAACCACAACCACAGAAACACCCACCACAACAGUUACAGUAAAACCAACAACAACAACCACAACCACAGAAACACCCACCACAACUGUUACAGAAAAACCCCCAACAACAACCACAACUACAGUAAAACCAACAACAACAACAGCUGAAACAACUACAGUCACAACACCAUCUACUACAUCGUCCAGUGACUGCUAUGUUUGCAAGUGGUCAGACUGGAUCAACAGAGAUUACCCAAAGCCAGCUCCUGAUAGUGGAGAUUAUGAAACAUCUCAAAAUAUUACAGAUCCUGAUUAUGGUGUUUGCCAAAACCCUGUGGAUAUACAAUGCCGAGCCACAAAAUUCAAAAAGACUCCUUUGAAGGAUCUUGGUCAAGUAGUAACAUGUGAUACUCAAAAUGGACUGGUCUGUCAAAACAAGGACCAAGGAAUACCUCCUGUGUGUUUCGACUAUGAAAUACAGAUCAAAUGUUGCUAUUAUAUAUGUGGAACCACCACCACAACAACAACAACCACAACCACAGAAACACCCACCACAACUGUUACAGAAAAACCAACAACAACCACAACCACAGAAACACCCACCACAACUGUUACAGAAAAACCAACAACAACCACAGCCACAGAAACACCCACCACAACUGUUACAGUAAAACCAACAACCACAACCACAGAAACACCCACCACAACUGUUACAGAAAAACCAACAACAACCACAGCCACAGAAACACCCACCACAACUGUUACAGUAAAACCAACAACUACAGUCACAACACCAUCUACUACAUCGUCCAGUGACUGCUAUGUUUGCAAGUGGUCAGACUGGAUCAACAGAGAUUACCCAAAGCCAGCUCCUGAUAGUGGAGAUUAUGAAACAUCUCAAAAUAUUACAGAUCCUGAUUAUGGUGUUUGCCAAAACCCUGUGGAGAUACAAUGCCGAGCCACAAAAUUCAAAAAGACUCCUUUGAAGGAUCUUGGUCAAGUAGUAACAUGUGAUACUCAAAAUGGACUGGUCUGUCAAAACAAGGACCAAGGAAUACCUCCUGUGUGUUUCGACUAUGAAAUACAGAUCAAAUGUUGCUAUUAUAUAUGUGGAACCACCACCACAACAACAACAACAACAACACUACCAACGACCACAUUUAUUUCAACAACAGCGACAACAGAACCCACAACAACUAGCACAGAAGAACUUUCCACAACAACUACAACAGAAGCUACAACAACCCCCAAAAUUGUUACAAAUACUGUAGUUACGGAAGGCCCUUCAACAAAGCCUCAAGUUAAAAUUACUACCACAACCACAGAAACACCCACCACAACUGUUACAGUAAAACCAACAACCACAACUACAGUAAAACCAACAACAACAACAGCUGAAACAACUACAGUCACAACACCAUCUACUACAUCGUCCAGUGACUGCUAUGUUUGCAAGUGGUCAGACUGGAUCAACAGAGAUUACCCAAAGCCAGCUCCUGAUAGUGGAGAUUAUGAAACAUCUCAAAAUAUUACAGAUCCUGAUUAUGGUGUUUGCCAAAACCCUGUGGAUAUACAAUGCCGAGCCACAAAAUUCAAAAAGACUCCUUUGAAGGAUCUUGGUCAAGUAGUAACAUGUGAUACUCAAAAUGGACUGGUCUGUCAAAACAAGGACCAAGGAAUACCUCCUGUGUGUUUCGACUAUGAAAUACAGAUCAAAUGUUGCUAUUAUAUAUGUGGAACCACCACCACAACAACAACAACCACAACCACAGAAACACCCACCACAACCGUUACAGAAAAACCAACAACAACCACAACCACAGAAACACCCACCACAACUGUUACAGAAAAACCAACAACAACCACAACCACAGAAACACCCACCACAACUGUUACAGAAAAACCAACAACAACCACAACCACAGAAACACCCACCACAACUGUUACAGUAAAACCAACAACAACCACAGAAACACCCACCACAACUGUAACAGUAGAACCAACAACAACCACAACCACAGAAACACCCACCACAUCUGUUACAGUAAAACCAACAACAACCACAACCACAGAAACACCCACCACAACUGUUACAGUAGAACCAACAACAACAACCACAACCACAGAAACACCCACCACAACUGUUACAGGAAAACCAACAACAACCACAACCACAGAAACACCCACCACAACUGUUACAGUAAAACCAACAACUACAGUCACAACACCAUCUACUACAUCGUCCAGCGACUGCUAUGUUUGCAAGUGGUCAGACUGGAUCAACAGAGAUUACCCAAAGCCAGCUCCUGAUAGUGGAGAUUAUGAAACAUCUCAAAAUAUUACAGAUCCUGAUUAUGGUGUUUGCCAAAACCCUGUGGAUAUACAAUGCCGAGCCACAAAAUUCAAAAAGACUCCUUUGAAGGAUCUUGGUCAAGUAGUAACAUGUGAUACUCAAAAUGGACUGGUCUGUCAAAACAAGGACCAAGGAAUACCUCCUGUGUGUUUCGACUAUGAAAUACAGAUCAAAUGUUGCUAUUAUAUAUGUGGAACCACCACCACAACAACAACAACAACAACAACAGAAACACCCACCACAACUGUUACAGUGAAACCAACAACAACCACGACCACAGAAACACCCACCACAACUGUUACAGAAAAAACAACAACCACAGAAACACCCACCACAACUGUUACAGAAAAAACAACAACCACAGAAACACCCACCACAACUGUUACAGAAAAACCCCCAACAACAACCACAACUACAGUAAAACCAACAACAACAACAGCUGAAACAACUACAGUCACAACACCAUCUACUACAUCGUCCAGUGACUGCUAUGUUUGCAAGUGGUCAGACUGGAUCAACAGAGAUUACCCAAAGCCAGCUCCUGAUAGUGGAGAUUAUGAAACAUCUCAAAAUAUUACAGAUCCUGAUUAUGGUGUUUGCCAAAACCCUGUGGAUAUACAAUGCCGAGCCACAAAAUUCAAAAAGACUCCUUUGAAGGAUCUUGGUCAAGUAGUAACAUGUGAUACUCAAAAUGGACUGGUCUGUCAAAACAAGGACCAAGGAAUACCUCCUGUGUGUUUCGACUAUGAAAUACAGAUCAAAUGUUGCUAUUAUAUAUGUGGAACCACCACCACAACAACAACAACAACAACACUACCAACGACCACAUUUAUUUCAACAACAGUGACAACAGAACCCACAACAACUAGCACAGAAGAACUUUCCACAACAACUACAACAGAAGCUACAACAACCCCGAAAAUUGUUACAAAUACUGUAGUCACGGAAGGCCCUUCAACAAAGCCUCAAGUUAAAAUUACUACCACAACCACAGAAACACCCACCACAACUGUUACAGUAGAACCAACAACCACAACCACAGAAACACCCACCACAACUGUUACAGUAAAACCAACAACCACAACCACAGAAACACCCACCACAACUGUUACAGUAAAACCAACAACCACAACCACAGAAACACCCACCACAACUGUUACAGUAAAACCAACAACCACAACCACAGAAACACCCACCACAACUGUUACAGUAGAACCAACAACAACAACCACAACCACAGAAACACCCACCACGACUGUUACAGUAAAACCAACAACAACAACAGCUGAAACAACUACAGUCCCAACACCAUCUACUACAUCGUCCAGUGACUGCUAUGUUUGCAAGUGGUCAGACUGGAUCAACAGAGAUUACCCAAAGCCAGCUCCUGAUAGUGGAGAUUAUGAAACAUCUCAAAAUAUUACAGAUCCUGAUUAUGGUGUUUGCCAAAACCCUGUGGAUAUACAAUGCCGAGCCACAAAAUUCAAAAAGACUCCUUUGAAGGAUCUUGGUCAAGUAGUAACAUGUGAUACUCAAAAUGGACUGGUCUGUCAAAACAAGGACCAAGGAAUACCUCCUGUGUGUUUCGACUAUGAAAUACAGAUCAAAUGUUGCUAUUAUAUAUGUGGAACCACCACCACAACAACAACAACAACAACACUACCAACGACCACAUUUAUUUCAACAACAGUGACAACAGAACCCACAACAACUAGCACAGAAGAACUUUCCACAACAACUACAACAGAAGCUACAACAACCCCCAAAAUUGUUACAAAUACUGUAGUCACGGAAGGCCCUUCAACAAAGCCUCAAGUUAAAAUUACUACCACAACCACAGAAACACCCACCACAACUGUUACAGUAGAACCAACAACCACAACCACAACCACAGAAACACCCACCACAACUGUUACAGUAAAACCAACAACCACAACCACAGAAACACCCACCACAACUGUUACAGGAAAACCAACAACAACAACCACAACCACAGAAACACCCACCACAACUGUUACAGUAGAACCAACAACAACAACCACAACCACAGAAACACCCACCACAACUGUUACAGUAGAACCAACAACAACAACCACAACCACAGAAACACCCACCACAACUGUUACAGGAAAACCAUCAACAACCACAACCACAGAAACACCCACCACAACUGUUACAGGAAAACCAACAACAACCACAACCACAGAAACAGAAACACCCACCACAACUGUUACAGUAAAACCAUCAACAACCACAACCACAGAAACACCCACCACAACUGUUACAGGAAAACCAACAACAACAACAACCACAACCACAGAAACACCCACCACAACUGUUACAGGAAAACCAACAACAACAACCACAACCACAGAAACACCCACCACAACUGUUACAGGAAAACCAACAACAACCACAACCACAGAAACACCCACCACAACUGUUACAGUAAAGCCAUCAACAACCACAACCACAGAAACACCCACCACAACUGUUACAGUAGAACCAACAACAACAACAACCACAACCACAGAAACACCCACCACAACUGUUACAGGAAAACCAACAACAACCACAGAAACACCCACCACAACUGUUACAGAAAAACCAACAACAACAACCACAACCACAGAAACACCCACCACAACUGUUACAGGAAAACCAACAACAACCACAGAAACACCCACCACAACUGUUACAGGAAAACCAACAACAACAACAACCACAGAAACACCCACCACAACUGUUACAGGAAAACCAACAACAACCACAACCACAGAAACACCCACCACAACUGUCACAGUAGAACCAACAACAACAACCACAACCACAGAAACACCCACCACAACUGUCACAGUAGAACCAACAACAACCACAGAAACACCCACCACAACUGUUACAGGAAAACCAACAACAACCACAACCACAGAAACACCCACCACAACUGUUACAGUAGAACCAACAACAACAACAACCACAACCACAGAAACACCCACCACAACUGUUACAGUAGAACCAACAACAACCACAGAAACACCCACCACAACUGUUACAGGAAAACCAACAACAACUACUACAAGUGGAUUUUAUUCAACACCUGGAAGUACAACUGCAUGUUCCUGCAAAUACAUGGAUCAGACUUUCACUCCUGGGAGCUUCAUGUACAAUAGGACUGAUGGAGCCGGGUGGUGUUUCACUGCAUAUUGCAGUUCAACAUGUCAAGUUGAAAAGCAUGGCAGACCAUGUCACUUUACAACUCCACCAACUCCUUCAACUACCACAACAGGCUCCACUAUAACUCCUUCAACUACCACAACAGGCUCCACUACUCCUUCACCAGACUGUGAAUAUCUGAAGCCACCCAGAAAGCAUGGUGACACGUGGAGUGACAACAGUUGCACCCAUAAAACAUGUGAAGAUGGCAAAGUAAUCAUAGAACAUGUCAAAUGCAAACCAGCACCCAUUCCUGUUUGUGAAAAUAGCAAUCCACCAAUAAGGGUUUACGAUGAAUCCGGCUGUUGUUUCCAUUAUGAAUGCCAAUGUGUUUGCUCUGGCUGGGGAGAUCCUCACUACUGGACAUUUGAUGGCCAGUAUUACAGCUUCCUGAAAAACUGCACUUAUGUCUUGGUGAAAGAGAUCGUGCCCAGACACAAUUUUACAGUUCUAAUCGACAAUGAAAACUGUGAUGCUGCUGGACAAGUGACUUGUGCCAAAGCCCUGAUUGUGUAUUACAAAGAUUAUGAAGUAAUUCUGACACAGAGGAGAAUACCAGAAGCUGUGAACAUGGUGUACAUCAAUCAACAGAAGGUCACUCCAACCUUCUCUAAUAAAGACCUCACCAUCACAAGCACAAGGAUUGAGCUCCUUCUGAAGAUCCCAGAAAUCAAGGCCAUUGUGACAUUUAAAGGACUUGUAUUCAGUGUCGAAUUACCAUCUUCACUUUUCCACAACAACACAGAGGGACAAUGUGGAAACUGUGACAAUGACGGAUCAAACGACUGCAGAUUACCCAAUGGGCAGAUUCAUCCAUCGUGCUCUGUAAUGGCGAAUGAGUGGAAAGUGCAUGAUAAGAAUAAGUCAUAUUGCGAUGGGCCGGAUACUUCUCCUCCUCCACCUGCUCCUACACCAACAUCAUGCAACACUGAUGUUUGUGAAAUUUUGAAGAGCAAGAUAUUUGAAGAAUGCAACAAAGAAAUCCCGCUGCAGCGAUUUUACGAGGCCUGCAAAUUUGACAUGUGCCACAUGCCAAAUUCCACCUUGAGUUGUUCCAGUUUGGAGGCAUAUGCCUUGAUGUGUGCAGAAGCAUCCAUCUGUGUCGCCUGGAGAAACUAUACGAAUGGAAUAUGUGAAUAUAAAUGUCCAGAAAAUACUGUCUACAAGCCUUGCGGGCCAACUGUUGUACCAACUUGCAAUGCAAGAUACAACGAAGAGCAAACUAAACAAUGCCAGGGAGACGGCGGUGACCAGAGCAGGCCUUGCAGUGCAUUCAUGGAGGGAUGUUUCUGCCCGGACGGGAUGGUUCGGUUCAGCCCAUCGUCUGUUACCUGUGUCUCCUCCUGCUGCACUGGACCCGACGGCCAACCUAAGGAGAUUGGUGAGAGGUGGCAGAGCGGUUGUAAACAGUGUGCUUGUGAUGAGAACACUCAUAGUGUUGAGUGUGAGCCCAUCGAGUGCCCAACUCAGGAACCGGUAACGUGCACCGAGGAUGGUGAGGUGUUGGUGAACCGCACGGUCGACUGCUGCCAGACUCUGACAUGUGUGUGUGAUAAGAACUUCUGUCCAUCACCGAUGCACGUGUGUAAACCAGGAUUUGAGCUGAAGGUCCACUUGUCAAACGAAAGCUGCUGCCCCAUCUACAGCUGUGUGCCCAGGGGAGUCUGCAUCUACAAUGAAACCGAGUACAAGCCUGGUGCAACCUUCCCUAAAAGCCCAUGUGAAACCUGCAGCUGCACUGAAAACCAGGAUCCCGCCACAAAGCUGAACAACAUCACGUGUCAUGAGAAGCAGUGUUUCGUCUCGUGUCCGGAGGGCCACGUGCAUGUAGAUAAUCCUGGGCAAUGCUGCGGCUCGUGUGUGCAGACCAGCUGUGUGUUUGAGGUUCCAGGUCUCCCUUCUCCGGUGGUUUUAAAGCCCUCUGAGUCGUGGUCACCACCAAACAACAACUGCACCAAGUACGACUGCCAGAAGAUGAAAGAGGAUUUCAUCAUUUCAAUCAAUCAAACAGCGUGUCCUGAAUUUGACCCCGACAACUGCGUUCCGGGAACUGAAAAAACGGAGGCCAAUGGUUGUUGCAGAACCUGUACUCCUCGCUACGACUGCCAGCUGAACAGGACCACGACAUUCCUGCACACCCAGAACUGCACGUCGGUCGUGCCGGUGGAGCUCACAGCCUGCGAGGGAUCCUGUGGAGCCUCCUGGUCAAUGUAUUCAGCAGAGGCCAACAGCAUGAUGCAUUCAUGCACCUGCUGUCAGGAAAUGGCCACCAGCAAGAAAGAAGUGGAGAUGAUCUGCUCAGACGGCAGCAAAGUCAAACACACCUACAUAUCUGUUGACAAGUGUGGCUGCCAGGUUGCUGAAUGCAAAGAGCACAACGAGGGUUGAUAUCAAACGUGUUGCUGGAAAAACCUAAAAUUCACUUUGGUUGAAGGGAAAAUGCUUUGUUGAAGCUUAAUACGUUAAAACCCACACGGACAUACCGCUGUGCAACAGGAAAUCAUGAAAUGUUGUGUCUUGUUUAACAGAAGACGUGCGCUCGUCUCAAACUUUCUAAACUAUAUCUGUCAAUAAUUUUCCAUUUAUUAUAUUUGAAUAUUAAUCAAUAAACUGUAUCUGAUUGUGCUUCAAACUUUUCUCUACACCGUCAUUAAAAUUCAUUUGCUGAUGA